ACAGUAACCGACGUACACCAUAAUGGCGGUGCCCUUGUUACAAUGGGGACUGUUGUGAAUCACUUGUUAGCCAACUUCUUGUGAAUAACUGCGGAUUAUUCACACAGCUGUCUGUUUUGGGUGUUUUUUUCCGACGGCUACAUGUUAAAGUCCAGUGCAGCGGGACCAUCCACCGUUGCCUCUCCUCAGUCAAUGAAGGAAUUCAAGGAGAACUUUUCGGGCCAAGCAAUUCUGGACCACAUCAAGCCAUGUUGGUACUGGGACAAGAAGGAUUUAGCCCACACCCCCUCUCAGUCUGAAGGCCUGGACCCUGGCACAGAGGCUCGUUAUCGGAGAGAGGGAGCACGCUUCAUUUUUGACGUGGGGACCAGACUUGGCCUACACUAUGACACACUGGCAACUGGCAUCAUAUAUUUCCACCGUUUCUACAUGUUUCAUUCCUUCAAGCAGUUUCCCAGAUAUGUGACAGGUGCUUGCUGUCUUUUCCUAGCGGGGAAAGUGGAAGAAACCCCAAAGAAGUGUAAAGACAUCAUCAAAACAGCCCGCAGCUUACUGAAUGAUGUGCAGUUUGCCCAGUUUGGAGAUGAUCCAAAGGAAGAGGUGAUGGUGUUGGAGAGAAUUUUGCUGCAGACUAUUAAGUUUGACCUGCAGGUGGAGCACCCUUACAUGUUCCUGCUGCGCUAUGUCAAGCAGCUCAAAGGUGAGAAGAAUAAAGUGUGCAAGGUGCUGCAAAUGGCAUGGACCUUUGUUAAUGACAGCCUGUGCACCAUGCUGUCUCUGCAGUGGGAACCAGAGAUUAUCGCAGUAGCGGUCAUGUACCUGGCCGGUCGUCUCUGUAAGUUUGACAUCCAGGAGUGGACCGCCAAGCAGUCAUCACGCCGCUGGUGGGAGCAGUUUGUGCAAGACGUCCCAGUUGAGCUGCUUGAAGACAUUUGCCAUCAGAUCCUGGAUCUGUACUCGCAGGGAAACAAGCCCAUCCCUCAGCAGAUACAGGAGAAGGAGAGGGCAGCCCCUCAGGCCCCCAUUCCUCCAAUCCCACAGGGACUUCCACCUGCCCCCACCCCUCCUCCCCCACCACCAAAGAAGACUUCACCUCAAGGAGGCAGCCCUCCACGCCAGCUCAAACGCUCACAUCCAUCCCCAAAAGAUGAACCAAAGGCUCCAGAACAAGUUGGAUCAAAGAUUCCCCGACUGGAGAGCCCCAUGCCCCCUCUGCCUACAUCACAGCCUCCCCCAGACCGCAAAGCCCCGGCUCCAGCACCUCCCGCCGAAGCAGAGCCAUUAAACGAAACCGCUCCUCCUCCGCCACACGCUCCACCUCCACAUCAGCCCCCUCCCCUGCCCCAUCGCCCUCCUCCACCUCCGCCCUCCAACUACAUCAUGUCCACCACCAGCUCUUACAUGUCCGGAGAAGGCUACCAGAGCUUGCAGUCCAUGAUGAAGACAGAAGGUCCAUCCUACGCACCGAUGCCGCCAAGCUACGCACCCCCAAUACCGCCAUAUCACCCCCACGUUUACCCGCCUGCGGCACCACCUCCAGGCCCACCGCCUCCCCCUUCCAACUACCCGCCACCCAACUUGGCGCCGACGUAUCCACCACCAGGCUACAACAGCUACCCUCCGCCUCCACGCAUGCCCCCGGGCCACGUACCCCCUCCGGUUAUAGGUCUCCCUCCGACUGGGUAUCCUCCUCCACCCCCUGUGCCCCCAGGACAGUCACAGGUGCCCCUGCCCCCUCCGCCUGGCAUGCCUAUGAAUCAUGGCGGGUGGAUGAGAUGAGAGUGAAACAGUCUAUGAACUGAAAGCGUGCAGAGCCACAGCUGGAGAUGGAAACAACCAGGAACUUGUGUUAUUCAGCUGGUACAGACAGACAGUUGUUCACCUCCAGUAUUACUUUCGUUGAUGAGGUUUUUUUUAAUGAAGGCUUAACAACAAAUCGACUUGAAAGGAAAAGCUAAAUCUGGACAGUUUUGUUAUGAGAACUGAGUGGCUUCCACAUGUACCUGAUGGUACUUUAUCUAGCUUCAGGAUCUUGUAACAAAUACUGCCCACUUGUUCUGGAGAUGUACCAGGAAAUAUUAGCACCCAGAAUUUAGUUUUGUCACACAUGUUCAUUAAUUUACUGUUGGGUGAUGAAAUGUUUUUACUUUACCUUUGAGUGGAACAAAGGUUAACUCUUAUAUUUCCUUCUAUAUUCUAUCACCCUGAUUGUGUGUUUUGUUUUUCCUGCUUUUCCAGUCGUACCAGUGUCUCCUUUUCCCUGCAAUCUGUUUACUUUUCUCAACAAUCUCAUUGUUUUGCUGAGAUAAACAGCAUAAUAAAAUCUUGAUGGUUGUACAUGCAGUAGUUUAAUAUAAAACACACACAGAUGUUCAUGAGUAUACAGUUUGUUCAGACAUGCUGUAAAUCCUUUUUGUCAUAUUACUUUCUAUUCUGUGAAAACACUGGGGUCAUGUUGGAAGAUGUUUCUGCUGCAACUAUCGAACUGUCACGCUUAAUUUCCUGUCCCAUUAUUUUUAGUGAAGCUGCACACUGCAUUACAUGAUCUAGCUACAACAGAAACUCUGUCAUCAAACCAACCACGUCUAACACUGGACAGUCUAAGGUAUAUUUGUACAUAUCUCUUCUUUACAAUUAGGCAUUUCUUUUGAGAGUUUCUAUCCAUACGUGCCUUAGUCAGGCUUCUCUUUUCUGUAUCCUGCACGCAGCUUUGGUUUUGUGUCUGAGUGGCACUUAAGACAAUAAAGACCUGCUUUUCGUACUUUGAA